CACUGCCGAAGCACAUGUGCAGAACACGAACGGUAACUUGACUUUGAGUAUGCCAAGCGCUUCAUCCAAACCUUCCGACUCGCAAGCACUCAUGGACAGCAGUGACAUUGCUAAAUCGGGUCUUCUCCUUGUGGAGAAGAAAGUACGAAACCUCGAGAAGCGAAAGCUUAAGCUCGAUGGAUACAAGAAGCAGAUGGACAGUGGCCAGGAGUUAAAUGCCGAUCAAAAGGCUGCGAUUGCAAACCUUGAUGUGGUUGAGAUGAAUCUGGACAUGGCUAAGGACCUCUUGAAACAGUUUCAACAGAUGCAUUCAGAGUACCAGCGUCAGCAAAAGAAGCAGGCCCGGCGUGACCAGGUUGCCCAACAGCAGGCACAGCACAACGCUGAUGUGCUGAAGGUGAAUGAGGUGCUUGAGCUGCAACACCUUAUGGACAGCCUGUCGGAAGAUGUGAGAACUGACUUUCUGAAUGGCACCAAUGGAGCAGUGGUUGUUACAGAAGAUCAGUUUGUUCAGAUUGAUGAGUUUUACAAGCUGAUUACACCGGAUGAGGAGUCAGAUGUGCCGGUAGCCAAGCAACUCAGGACUGCUAGUGAACACAUUGUCAAGCUGUUGGACCAUAACAACAGUGCUGUUGUUGGUACAACCUACAAGGACCUCUGUCAGAUGAUUGAAAAUAUCAAGAAGUGUGGUUACUUUGAGUCAGGGAAAACUGCACCUGAAGAUGAACCAGCCCCGGUACAGAAACCACAGGAGAGCAGUGGGGAGAGUACACCUAAUGGAGACUUGUCGGGCAGUGCCGAGGAUCUGUCUCAGGUGGACCAACAGGCUGAAGCAGAACAGAGAGAACCAGCCCAAGCUGAAGUAGCUGCACCUGUAGUACAGCCUGUCCCUGUGCAGCCUCCUGUUGAUGACGUCUCAUCAUUCACUGCUAAUGAACAUGGGCUGAACUUCUUGGUUGAGUCUGAAGUGGAAGCCAAGGCUGGACAAGCCGGGGGGCAGGCACAAGCUCCAAGUGGUAGUGAGUGGGCAGAACAGCCAAAUGGUGAUCACAAUGGCAGUCACGCUGAAGAGGAAGGCAGCAAUGAUGGCUUCACUCAGAUGAGAGGCGGCGGUCGAGGAGGUUUCCGUGGAAACAGAGGAGGGUUUAGAGGGGGUAAUGAAAGGGGACAAAGACGAGGAGGGCGUGGCGGCCAUGGCCCACCCCGUAGUGGUGGAGGGUUUAGCGGCCCACGUGGAGGUGGGCAGCAACAGGAUGGUUACCGUCGAGGAGGAGGCAGUGCCGGCCGAGGAGGCCGAGGAGGUGGUCCCAGGGGAGUCCCCAGGGGUGGCGGUGGUGGGCGCCGGGGAGGUGGAGCCCCACCGCAGCAGUGAGCAACCCGCUGCACCAACACCCCGGAACAAAGCGAAACUCCAGGGACAAUAAUUUGAAGUUUGGUUAGGAAGAUUUUGAUGAAGCCUUUGGCAUAUAAUUAAAGAAACUAGUUACGCACCAUGGCUGGUUCUUCUGCAUAUUGACACUCUGCUUACGGACAUUGCAAAUGCGCAGGAAAGCCAGCAUGUAAAUACGGACGUGUCUUAUAGAGCGCCAAGGCGCCUUCUUGGCGUAGCGUGGCAUGGUGGUGGUCUUGCAAGAGCAGAAAUACGGGGCUGUGACAUGUAUGAAUUCAAGACUGGAUUCAUGGCGUGAGAGGUUGCAUCCUAGCGCCAUGUUUGGACUAUUCAGUGUAUAUCUGUACAAAUCUAUGGCUUGCGUAUCGAUUGCACCAAAUCUAGUUACAGAAUAAACUCCAUGUCUAUUUCUUC